CCCGCGUUCAAAGCUUGUCCCGCCAAAAAUGCAACACAGCUACACACAGCUGAAUGCACUUGUUGCGCAUGGUAAAUGACGUGUUCCGUUCACGAAUUCGGUCAUUGUGUAAUUUAUUAGCGACGUGGACGAAACGUUUUCCGAGGAACGUUUCUCGAAGAUUACGUGCGAGGUGAAUAUAGCGGCAUCUUACACGAGGAUCGCUUCCGAGAUCGCAAAAACGUUUUCAACUAGGAGAGGAUUUCGAGAAUACAAUCAACAUUAACGGAUUCUUCGAGCGCGAUGUCGGGCACUCAAACCACCAUCUCUUUUCCCAUACGGAAGAAAUGCAAUUUUUACGGUCGCAAAGAGGACAUCGCGAAGGAAGAUUUUACGAAUGCGACGGCGAGAUACACGCCGUCAAAUUAUACCCCGACCGUGAAGAAGAUCGUUACUUUGACUAGCAGCGAAUCCGAAUCUGAUUCGGAUAUCGAGAACACGACAGAAAAGCAUAAAAAGAUAAUCGGUGAUAGGCGAGCGGAUAGCACAGACAGUACACCGAGAUCGAGACGUCGCAAGUGUAACGAAUUACAUGAAGAAGAUAUUCCUUCUCCACCAAAACAAAGAAGGAACAAAUCGCAAGCAAGAAACAAAUCUCCCCUGACUCCAUCUACUCUUCUGGAUAAAUUGCAAUUAUCUGCUUCGAAAGAAAGCAAAUUAAGUCCCAAGCAAUUAUUUAAAUCCUACCUCUCCAAGGAAGAAGAAGACAAAUUAAAUUCUAAUUUAUUAUCUGGAUCCAAUAAGUAUCAGAACGCACGUAAAGCGUUGCAUAGUUGUGCAACAGAGGAGUUGCCUGGAAGAGAAGAAGAAUUAGACAAACUGCAGGAAUUUUUUCAGAAACAUCUAGAGCAAGGAACGUCAGGUUCCUUAUAUGUUUCCGGUCCACCAGGCACUGGGAAAACUGCCAGCCUGUUCAAAAUCAUGCAGCAAUCAGAUUUAAGGUCCAAACUUAAAGUAGUCUACAUCAAUUGCACCAGCAUGAAAUCUGCGGCUGCCAUCUAUGCAAAAAUAAUCCAAGAGCUGGCCAUAACCAGUGCGACAAAGUCGGGGAAGAAUGGCAAGGCCAUUAUAGAGAAAUAUUUAACAUCGAAGAACAAAUCGCUGCUCUUAGUGUUGGAUGAGAUAGAUCAAUUGGAGAGCAAAAAACAGUCUGUGCUGUAUUCCAUAUUUGAAUGGCCAUCUAUACCAGACUCCAAGUUGAUCCUCGUUGGAAUCGCCAAUGCUCUGGAUCUGACUGACAGGAUACUACCUAGAUUGCAGGCCAGAUGUGAACUGAAACCGAUGUUGAUGCACUUUGCGCCCUACACUAAGCAACAAAUAUUUGAUAUAAUAUCCACGAGAUUGAAUCAGACGAACGCGAACGGCGUGUUUACACCGUCCGCAAUACAGUUGCUCGCGGGCAAGGUAGCUGCGAUCUCCGGUGAUAUCAGGAGAGCUCUGGACAUCAGCAGAAGAGUGGUGGAAUUGGCAGAGUCUCAUCAAGUGGCACAAGUGUUACGUCCUACAAAUGACAAUGAUACAAACAUAGAGUCUCUGAAGCAAGAAACAGAAAUAACAGAGAAGCCAGUUGACUUGAAAGAGGUGGUUACAAUUCUAAAUGGAGUUUAUGGUAGCACGCAGAAUAUUGAUCAAGAACAGGAUACUUUUCCCCUUCAACAGAAAUUGUUACUUUGUUCUCUAUUACUUAUCCUGAAUAAAGGAAGAAACAAGGAUGUUACUAUUGGAAGAUUGCACGAGGUGUACAAAAAGGUUUGCAAAAAACGCAAUAUAUUCGCCGUCGAUGAUUCUGAAUUUGUAAAUCUGUGCUCGUUAAUAGAGACUAGAGGCAUCUUAAGAGUUAUGGGCAAGAAGGAAGCACGUUUGUGUAAAGUGAUCUUGCAGUGGGACCAAGAAGAAUUGGAUGCAGCUUUGCAGGACAAACAGAUGAUGGCCGAUAUAAUUUACGAUACAAAUUGUUUAUAAAACAAUUAGAGAAAUUUAUUAUUUCUUACAUCUCUAAUUUAUUUUAUAGCUCUUUUUAAAUUUUAUAGUGUGGAAAGCGAGCAUCCCGAUUCUUAUCAGUUGAUUGUUACAUCAUCGCAUAUCAUUUUUUUAUGUAUAAUUAUUUUAAUAGUCAAAUUUUAUCGUUAACACGUUAAAAUCUACUUUGUUAUUGUAAACGUUUGCAUUAUGUUGUAUCACGAGAUAUCGACGAGAUAUGAUGAAAUGUACUGAAUGAUUGGUUGUACUUUGCAUGUGUGUAAGACUGCGAUUGUAUAUUUCUUAAAAUUUCUGCGAAAUAGAUUGAACAAUAUUCUUGCAGAAAAUGUGAGGAAGUUUUAUGUACAAAUAUUUAUAUCGAAUAGAAUGUAUAAAAU